AUGCCACCAAUCCGUACACGAAACAAGCGCAAGCCUCCACCGGAUGGCUUCGAUGAUAUCGAAGAUACCCUUCUCGAGUUCGAGAAUAAGAUGAAAGACGCUGAAAACGCGCCUCAUGAUGGCAAACGAAGGAACGAGGUGCUAUGGCCUAUCUUCCAGAUCUCGCAUCAACGCUCCCGUUAUAUCUACGACAUGUACCUCAAAGAAGGCAUCAGCAGAGACCUCUACGACUGGCUUCUAAAGAACAAAUACGCGGACCCGCUACUUAUCGCCAAAUGGAAGAAACAAGGGUACGAGAAGCUAUGUUGUUUGAAGUGUAUUCAAACCAAGGAGACGAAUUUCGGUUCGACUUGUAUUUGUCGUGUUCCGAAGGCGAGGAUGACUGGAGGGAACGCUGUAGAGUGCGUUAAUUGUGGAUGCCAUGGUUGCGCAUCGAGCGAUUAG